UUGAGAUUAGGGAGAUCGAGCAAGGAAUCAACGAGUUAAAUGAGAUAUUCAGGGAUCUUGGAACGCUUGUGACUGAACAUCAAACGAUGCUGGACAACAUUGAGAGUAAUGUCACAAAUAUUGCCGUGAAUGUUAGAAAUGCUGCUGAUGAAUUAACAAUUGCCAGUCGUUAUCAGAGAAACGCACGUAAUAGGAUGUGUUGCCUUAUGCUUAUUUUUGCCGUCGUUGGUGGUGUUGUGAUAUUGGCUGCCUUGGCAUAA